GGCGUCACCGACUUACCUCGGUCCCGAUCGAUAUUAGGGUUGAUUCCGUCCGGGAGACAGGCGACGAGAUGUCCGCCUCUGAUCGCCGCCGCGAGAGCAGGUCCGGAGGUGGAGGACGCGAUCGGAUCGCCUUCGAGGAGAGAGAAUCCCAUCGCGAGCGCAAUUCUCAUGGAUCAAUACGGGAGAAGCUAAAGAUGAGUGAGAGAAGUCGAGAUAGGGAAAAUGAAGGCGGUCGAGAUAAAGAGAGAGAUUGGGAUCGAGAGAAGGAAAGAGAUAGUAGUCGACUUGGAAGAAAGGAGAGAGGUCAGGAUCGAGAGAAAGAAAGAAAUCGGGAUCGACGUAGGGACUAUGAAAGAGGUAGAAGCACAAAUGAUGAGAGAGGAAGGGACAAAUUUGAUGAAUGGGAUCGCUUCCACAACCGUGAUAAUGAUCGCAGGCAGAAAUAUGAUAUUGAAAAGGAGAAAAGACAAAAACAUAGGUCACGCUCACGUUCAAAGGAUAGAUUCAGCAAGAGGACUAAGUCACGAUCACCUUCUCCUUCUAAAAGUAAGCGUACAAGUGGUUUUGACAUGGCUCCUCUUGGUGUGUCUGAUACUGCCAUUGCAGGGUCACUGCCUGUUGUUCCACAACUUGUGACAGGAACUUUACCAACCAUGUUACCUGUUGCAACCCAUCAGAUUGGAUCAAUUGCACUUAUGCCAGCACAAGCGGUGACUCAACAGGCAACAAGGCAUGCACGCCGUGUAUAUGUUGGAGGCCUACCUCCCAUGGCAAAUGAGCAGACAAUUGCUACAUUUUUUAGCCAUGUAAUGUCUGCCAUAGGAGGAAAUGCUGCAGGUCCAGGUGAUGCUGUUGUCAAUGUAUACAUAAAUCACGAAAAGAAAUUUGCUUUUGUGGAGAUGAGAUCAGUAGAAGAAGCAAGUAAUGCGAUGGCAUUAGAUGGGAUAAUUUUUGAGGGAGUUCCAGUGAAAGUUCGAAGGCCUACAGACUAUAAUCCUUCCUUGGCUGCAACACUUGGACCCAGUCAACCCAGUCCGCAUCUUAACUUAGCUGCUGUUGGUCUUUUACCCAGUGCAAUUGGCGGAUCGGAGGGACCCGAUCGUGUCUUUGUGGGUGGGCUGCCAUACUAUUUCACAGAUGCACAAAUAAGGGAGCUCCUAGAAUCGUUUGGACCCCUGCGUGGAUUUGAUCUUGUAAAAGAUAGAGACACAGGAAACUCAAAAGGUUAUGGUUUUUGUGUCUAUCAGGAUCCAUCAGUGACUGACAUUGCAUGUGCUGCACUUAAUGGCCUCAAAAUGGGUGAAAAGACACUAACAGUCCGACGUGCCACUGCCAGCAUGGGACAGAUGAAACCAGAGCAGGAGUUGAUCUUACAGCAGGCACAUGAACACAUAGCUAUUCAGAAACUAGCUUUGCAAAGUGGUGGUGCCUCGCAUUUUCCGGGGUUUGCUUUGAAUGCCAACACAUCUGCAGAACCGCCAACCAAAGUUGUAUGCUUAACAGAGGUUGUUUCUGUGGAUGAACUGAGAGAUGAGGAGGUGUACAAAGAAAUACUAGAGGACAUGAGAGAAGAAAGUGAGAAGUUUGGUUCUUUGAUAAAUCUUGUCAUACCUCGCCCUGGUCCAACUGGAGAAGUGAUUUCUGGAGUCGGAAAGGUCUUUUUGGAGUUUGCAAAUGUCACGGACUCGGCUAGGGCGAAAGUUUCCCUCCAUGGUAGAAGGUUUGGGGGAAAUGUUGUCAGUGCUACAUAUUAUUCCGAAGAAAAAUUCGCCACAGGAGAUUACGACGCAAUGGUUGUGGCUUGACCAGGAUUUUUGCUGCCUUCUUUCUCGUCUUUGUUCCAUCUUUCCGCUGCUCUGCAACCAUGUGUCUUUCUAAACGUGAACUUCUUGCCUGUAACACCCGUCCAUUUAUUGUUCACCAUGCUUCAUGCUCAUAAUCAGUGUGAGUUGUCGAUCAUAAUCAUCGGGUGCAUUCCAGAGCAACUCUGUAUUUUAUAUGCCAGCUGAUUUGUUCUUUUCUGUGUUCC